CAAGGCACUGAGCUGAACCCCUUUCAUAAUUCAGUUAAGUCUUUCAUCCAGCUAGAAGAGCGAUCAAUAAUAUACAAGAAGAGGCAGAAUUCCAAGUAAACAUAUCUCAAAUCCAAAUUUCCAAUACCAAAUUGACCAAACAAUACGGAGAAAACAUGACAGAGACUACAACCAAGCAGCCGAAUUAUCUCAUCACAUACACCAAACAUAUCUUUAAGUAAAACAUAAACAUCUCAAACAACUCAAUCUACCAAACCAAACGCCAAAUCCGCACUCAAAUCUCUCCAAAUCCCAGCAUCAGAAUCAAUAUCAACCAGCCAUGUCCACCUCAACCCCAAAAUCAGAAGAUACCAAAACAUCCACACCCUACCGCCAGAUUCGCGCUCUCUACGAUGAAAAGACUAUAACAGUGUAUCAAGCCUACUCCAAGGAAAUCGCUGAAGCAGCAGUCAGAGAGCAGAGAUUAGAUGCAAGUCCUGCGUUUAGGUGUGAGCGCAUGACGUGGAUUAAGCCGAGUUGGUGCUGGAUGAUGUACCGCUCCGGCUACACCACAAAAGACCCCCGCCAAACCAACAUCCUCGCCCUAACCCUCACCCACACCACCUUCCUCACGCUCCUCUCCCGCGCCACAGUCUGCAAAUCCAACCACGGCCCGCUCACCGCCUCUGAGCGCAGCAAGCCCGUCCGCGUGCAAUGGGACCCUGAGCGUGGUCCUGCUCUGGAAAUCCUCCCGUAUCGCAGCCUGCAGGUGGGUAUUGGGAAGGAGGUGGUGAGGGAGUGGGUUGAGGGCGGUGGGAUUGUGAAGAUUGAGGAUGUGAGUGAGAGGGCGAGGGAUCUGGGGAGGUGGGCUGAGGGGAGGGAGAGGGCGGGGGAGGGGGAGUGGGAGGAGUUAGUGGAGAAGGGGUUGGUGCCGAGGGAGAGGGUGUUUGAUGUGCCCGAGGAGAUUAGGGUGGGGUUGGAGAUGAGUUGAGUUGUUGACUGUUUUGAGUUGUUUGAUUUUCAUGGGUGAGAAAGAGUUGGAUAGACAGGAAUAGGAGUCAUAGAGGGGGUUUGUAAUCACAGAAGUCCAAUGGUGUAAAUGGUAAUUUAUGGAUCAUAUUUGACAGCAGUGAUUAAACUAUUUAGAGUGUCAGAACUGAAAAUUCGUUGAGAGACAAGUCACACCUAAAGUAACAUACUGAAGUAGUUUAUAUGGAAAGAAUAAUCCAGAAGAG